CAGAAAGGGGGACGGAGGCUGGCUCUUCCUCAUUGCGAAGCUGGCUUUGACCUUUCUGAUGCAAGGAGUAGGUUUCCGAGAGGGCAUGAGACGUCCUUGUGGACUCUGGACACAUCGUGAGGGGACAAACGCAGUCCUCAAGGGAAGAAACAAUAUUUAAAAAAAAACAAACAGCGAGGGACUGGAGGAGGAGAUAUCAGAGUGCGAGAGAAAAUAGCCAAGAGCAUUUAUAUACAUAUAUAGAUAAACCUUCAGUCCUUCCGGACAAAAUCUGCAAAUAAAAGGCCUGAAGAUUAAGCAGUCACUCAGGGAAUGAGAGGAUGGAGGCUGAUGUUCACAACAGGAAGGUGCCUUGGGAGAUCAAUGGUUCCUUGGCCCCAGUUGACCUCCAGCGUGGUAACAGAUCGGAGAGCCCCACGCCCGGCCUUGUGGAAGGCACUGAGCCUGGUGCUGGACAGGAGAGUGCAAUGUUUAUCCACACAAGAUCUUAUGAAGAUCUAACCACAGAUGAUGAAGUGAAGGGGUGUCUGGACGGCACUAACAAGGCCGUCACCGAAGAAUCCCAGAUAGAAGAGAUCAGCAAAGAUUUCAACGAACUGAGCACACAACUGACUGGCAUCGCGAUGGACGUGAACAAGGAGAUGAGGGACAGCGAUGUGGAGGGAGAGGGGUCAUCUGGGAGGUCACGCAGAGAGUCCAUGCUCUCGGAGAAAGAGGAGGACAUAACAGCUGAGUCAUGGAGGCAGCACCGGAAACACAUCUUUGUCUUCAGUGACGCUGGGAAACCGAUUUAUUCCCGUUAUGGGACAGAGGAAUCUCUCUCCUCCAUAAUGGGGGUGAUGGUGGCACUUGUGUCCUUCAUUGAGGCAAGCAAAAAUGUGAUCAAAUCCAUCCAUGCAGAGGGCUACAAGGUGGUAUUUGUUCAUCGAAGCCCCCUGGUCCUUGUCGCUGUUGCUCGUACCCGCCAAUCAGAGCAGGAAGUGGCUAAAGAGCUUCUGUAUGUUUACUACCAGAUAAUUAGCCUGGUCACUUUAACCCAGCUCAACAGAAUCUUCGAGCAGAAGAAGAAUUAUGAUCUCCGCCGGCUGCUUUCAGGCUCUGAGAGGAUAACAGACCACCUCCUCAAUCUCAUGGACAAAGAUCCCAGCUUUUUAACCUGCGCGGUCCGAUGCCGGCCCUUGGCCUCGUCGGUGAGAGACACCAUCAGCAGCAGCCUACAGCAGGCCAAAGACAAAAGUCUCGUCUUCUCCAUUCUGGUUGCUCAGAACCAACUGGUUACGCUGGUGAGGAAAAAAGACCAAUUCCUGCACCCCAUCGACCUCCAUCUACUCUUCAACCUCAUCAGUGCCUCCACCUCCUUCCGAGAGGGAGAGGCCUGGACUCCCAUCUGUCUGCCCAAGUUCAACUCCAGCGGUUUCUUUCAUGCUCACAUCUCCUACCUCGAUCAGGUGAGCAGCCUGUGUUUGCUCCUCAUCUCCACCGAUCGCGAGCACUUCUUUACCAUCUCCAAUUGCAAGAGCAAAUUUCUGGAGCGCAUGAAGAGACGGAAUACCUUCCAGACGCUGCUCGAAGAGUUGCGGACUCCAUCCUACAGUGUUUCUCAAGUGGGCAUCCCAGACCUAAGGCACUUCAUCUACAAAUCAAGAAGCUCUGGUCUGUUCACGAGCCCAGAGAUCGAAGCUCCUUACGUAGCUGAGGAAGAACAGGAACGGCUGCUGGGAUUGUAUCAGUAUUUGUACAGCCGGGUCCACAACUCUGCAAGGCCUCUGAAGUACAUCUAUUAUGCGGGAGACCGGGAAAAUUUAUUGGCAUGGGUGACGAGUGGAUUUGAACUCUACAUGUGCUUCUCUCCUUUGUCAACCAAAGCUACUGCAGUAGGUGCCAUUAGCAAACUAAUGAAGUGGAUCAGGAAAGAAGAAGACAAGCUGUUCAUCCUCAACCCUGUGACGUACUGACAGAGGGCGUUGUGAUGGAGUGAUUCCCUCACCACUGACCAAAAACCCAAACUGACUGAGUGUGACAGCUUGCUCAUGGGGGACCUGGAAGGCUGAUGACCACUAAUGUUUGUCACAGAGCUUUCUUUCCAAACAGAUGAGGCGGUGAGAUGUAAGCCAUUUAUAUUACAAAAAAGAAACACUACAUCCGUUGCAAGUACUGCGCACCAAUUGGGUGUCACCACCAUUUUGGGUUUUAUCUUCCCCAUUCCUGCUCUCUUCCCCACCCCACCACCACCGCCCCCCCCGCCCACCCUGAAUCUCCAUCAUCAUAACUGGCCCUGCGUUAUGCAGCUACACCUGGAACUUUGCUGGUCUCUAGGGAUAAGAAACAAUCUGACAGGUCCCUCUGUACUCGUACAAUGUUGUUACAGCUCCACAUUAGUCCUGGCGCUUCACAGAUUACCUCUGAUAGUCAGCAAGGGGGCCCAGGGUUAUCAGAAAUACUUGCAACAUCCUGCACUGGCAUGAUUUCCACCUUUUUUUUUUUUAAACAAAAAAAUACCCGCCGAAGCUGCCACAAAAUCUGAGGUGAGCCUGGAGAAAAAUCCUAAUUGAUCUUUCCUAAGACAAACCCAGAGAUUGUGAGAGUGAGGCCGCGGAUGGUGGAAGCUGUGACUGUGGGAGAAUGCCACUUGGCCUCUCAAGCCCAUUCUAUCAAAGAUUUGUCUUUUAAGACGACAGCCUUUUUUUUAAAAUAAACCUAAAGUUAUCUUAAUAACCAAAAAUCUUUGGCUCCGCUGAUCAGGGACCAUUUGUAAUUGUGUCGAAUACCUUAAAGUGAACUUGUGUAAAUUCUAAUGUAUAACAAAUCGGUAUUGAAAAGGAAUAAUGAAACAAAAUGAUGAUUAUAGAGGGAAAAAAUAGAAGAUGUGAGCAUUCCUCAGACUGUUGCCACGUUUGGUGUAAAAUGUGUGAUGAACGUGGGAGGGUUUUUGUGGAUUAAAAUCGAUGAGAAUCCAGGAAGUGGCCAGAAGGGUUUGUGAUCCUUGCCUGGUGAUUUGCAUUCUGUGACCUAGGCAAUAUGAGGGAGGUCCACCUCAGUAAAUAACACAGCUAUGAUUUGUCCUGUCAGAACAACAACUUUCAUUCCUUAUAAGGACUUUAAUGUCAUUGAACAUCCUUUUACUGGAGCAUUAUCAAAUGUACUUUGACACCAGAUCUCACAAUGCCCCAAAUGAGGAGUUCCCCGGUAUCAUCCUAACAGGAAGACGGAGCGCAGAGAGGAUCGGGGAAAGAAUUCCAAAGCUCAGGCCCUUUGGUAACUGAGGGCACAGCCAGAAAAUAUGCAGCAAAUGAAAUGAAGUACCCAAGAGGCCAGCUUGGAGGAGUGUCCACUUCCUGGAGGGUUUUGGGGCUGCGGAAUGAGGCUCCGGAGGGAUUUGAGGUUAAGUGUGAGAGUUUCAAUGUGUGUUGAGAUGUUUAUGUUGCACUGAUUAUGUCACGGACACUGAGCAGAACCUUGGGUAUUCAGUGAGAUUUUCAGGUGCUUUUGCCAACACCCUCAGGACAGUGAUGCCCAAUGUCGGCCAUUGUCCUGAGAAAACCUCAAACGAGUCGAAUUGUCCUGGAAAUGAUGAACAUCAGGAAGAGCCUAACACAGACUCCAAAUGCUUAAGCUUUAUAGUUUUCAAGUGUGACUUACUGUUUAGAAUGUGAAUAGUCAGUGAAUUACUUUAAUGGCAGCUCGGUCUCGGAAAAUUGGCAGAAUUGAGGGUGAUGUGAGUUAUUUUAGAGUGUCAUUCCAUGUAUCACUGACUCCUGGUGCUUUGCCAUCUAAUGUUUUUAAAAAAAAACCCUCAGUGUUGCAACCUGCUGGAAGAGCAGAGCAGUGUGAAAAUAAUGUGUUACUUAAAGUUAACUGUAGACUUUGAUCAGACUGACAAACUUUGGAGCCAUACGGAUAUGCAAAUUAAGAUCAGGAGUAGGCCAUUUGGCCCAAAAUAACCAGCUCCACCAUUGAGUAAGAUUUUGGCCGAUCUGACUCUUCCACAUUCGUGCCCAGAACUGACAACAUUUCACCCCUUGCUUGUCAAGAAUUGAUCCACCUCUGACUUAAAGGUAUUCAAAAACUGUGCUUCUGUCACCUUUUGGGGGGGAAAACAAAAGUCCCAAGUACUCAUGGCCCUCUGUGAGGGGGAGAAAAAGGCCUCUCCUCAGCUCUCAUUUUGAAUGGACAGCCUCUUAUUUGUUAAACAGCGAUCCCUGGUUCUGGAUUUUCUCACAAGAGGAAACCUCUCCACGUUCACUGUCUGUCAAGAUCCGUCAAAAUCUUUAACAACAAAAACAGAAACUGCUGGAGAAACACAGCAAGUCAGGCAGCAUCUGUGGAGAAGAAUGUUUGUUUGUUUUGAGCCCUGAAUGAUGCUUAUUUUAGAGCUUGUAUAUCCCCUCUCUGUCUGUCUGUUUCUCUCUCUGUCUGUCUGUCUGUCUGUCUGUCUGUCUCAUUCGCUCUCUCUCUUUGUCUCGCUCGCUCUGUCUAGCUCUUUUUUCAUCGCAAAAAUAGAUGUUUCUUCACAAAAUUACUUGCAGAAAAGACACCUGGAGGUAGAGGGAGGAAUGUGGGAAUAUAAAAAGUGAUUUGACUUUUAAAAAAUGCACUAGGUCUUAAUGAUACAGGCUUUCAGUAUGUGCGUGUGUGUGUGUGUGUGUGUGUGAGAGAGAGUGAGAGAGGGAGAGAGAGAGAAAGAGAAAUAAAAGUAGAAAGAGAUUUUCCAACACAGUGAUAAUCUGUCGAGUGAGUUUCUCUGGCUGUAAACAGCCUGAUGUUUUCAUACACAGCGAAUGUUGCCAUCGAAACAGAUGAUAUUAUUUCUUACUAACAACUUACACAAUCCAGAGAACAUUUGUAAACGGCUUCAAGCUGCAGCACACCUUUGGACUUUGGAUGAUUAAAUAAAGAGUUGCUUUGUCACCUCACCUGAUUCUGACAAUCUAAAUGUAAUAUGUUGGAUUUGGUGGAUAGUUAUUUCUUGUCCUUUCAAAUGAGCUUGAUGACUAAACAGGGAAUAGUGAGACACCAAUUUAACAUUCCUUAGUGAUCGAGACACUGAUAUAACCAAUUACACAGCAUGUCUGGGAGAUUGGAUUUGAGAAUUGCUCAGUGGGGUGCUGUUAUCGUGUCAUGUUGAGAUGGCGGACACCUUGACUGCUCAUAUUAGUUUCAUCGUGACUGGGUAAAAGUCCCUGGGGAUGCUCGUUAUGUUCAGUGUUAAUUAUAUCUCCCUAAUGUGACAUUACUCUGCAAAUACAUUCCAGCCACGUGUUUGGUACGUGGGUACAUUUGCUGUAAAUGCCUCUACAUGAAACAACAUUACUGCUCCCUGUCCUCAGCACGAAUGUAUAAAACCUAAAGUCGCUUUAUUUGUCUCUCUGUCAGUGACCAUGGCAAUCUGAUGUACUCUUUACUCACCAAUAUGUCUUCUUUCAGUGCUUAAAUGAGAGUGAGCUGUUUAUCUCUUAAGCAUUGGUCUUACACACACACACACACACACACACACACACACACACACAUAGGGUGUGUGUGUGUGUUUUGAACAGUUCCUGUUUCCUAUUGCACCUUCUCUCUGUUCCCUCUUUUGUCUUUCAUUGUUAGUGCUUUUCCGAGGAUAAACUGUACAGACUUUGACAAUGAAAGCUCUCGGAUCUGAAACAUGGACUCAAUUUCUCUCUCCUCAGCUGCUGCCAGACCUGCUGAGUAUUUCCAGCUUUUAUUUUUUUCGCUCUUUGCUUCGCUCUGUGUCACCUUGUUGCAACAGGGAAUGCUAUUUUGUGCAGAAAUUGACCGAGUUUGGGACGUGAUCAGAUUACUGCCUGUGACGCGGUACGGCCAAAACUGUUCUGUUACAUGAUAAAGGCAUUGGCUUGGUUAGCUUUAUCAAACACAAAGUAGGCACAGGGCCAGAACCUCCUCUUGCCAGGGGGAGUCUUGUUGGUAGCCGAGAGGCUAUGCUGCUACCAUGCAAAACAUUCCCUUCCAGGCACCGAGUGUAGAGGUGAAAGCUUAGCCCAACAUAAAACACUGCACACAUACAAACCGUGCAGGUAGAGUGUGGCAGGCUUGGCACUAUUAGGUUACGUGUUGAGAUUUGACACCCUUGCAGUUUGACAAUAAAAUAGUCCACGUGUGCACACGUACAGCUCUAGGCUGCUGUGGUGGCAGGGAAAAGAUUUGGGCGGCACGGUGGCUCAGUGGUUAGCACUGCUGCCUCACAGCGCCAGGGUCCCAGGUUCAAUCCCACCCUCGGGCGACUGUCUGGGCACAGUUUGCACAUUCUCCCUGUGUCUGUGUGUGUUCCCUCCGGGUGCUCCAGUUUCCUCCCACAGACAAAGGUGUGCAGGUUAGGGGGAAUUGGCCAUGCUAAAUUGCCCAGAGCGUUCAGGGAUGUGCAGGUUAGGUGGAUUGGCCGUGGGGAAUGCAGGCUUAGAGGGACCAGGUGGGGGCUGGGUCCCUAUGGGAUGCUCUUUGGAGGGUUGGUGUGGAUUUGAUGGGCUGAACACCUGCUUCCACACUGUACUAUGAUUUAUCAGAAUGGUCCCUGGGAUGAGGGAUUAGCAUGGAGAAACUGGAGAUGUUCCCGGUUGAAGUAAAGGAGAUUAAUGGAAGUAUGCUUGGUUAGGGCAAGUUUAGAUUCAUGACCAAAAUAAAUGCUGUUCCCAUUAACUGAUGGGGAAACUGAUUCUGAAAGCUUGGGCAAGAGAUGGGGAAGAAGAAUUUUCUUUUUAAUGCAAUGAACAGGAAUGACCUGGAACUUGCUGCCCAUGAGGGGGAUGGAAGGGGCGAUAGUUAAUAAUGUCCAUGGGAACGUAGAUGGGAAAUAAACUUAAAGGGCCAAGAGGCAUUGACUGGGGGAAUGAGAACUCCAUGGAUGACCAACAUGGGCUUGAUGGUCCCAAUUGGCCUCUUUCUGUGCCUUUUAUGAUUCUAUAAAGUUUAACCACUUAGUUAUCCACUGCAAUAAGAGGCUUCUCGGCCUGAGGGUCUAUCAUAGACAAAAUAAAUUGUGAAAUGGACAGCUUUCUGCACAACCAUACCUUCAGCCAACAGUCAAAGUAAGAACAUACAAAUGUCAAAUUAGGAGCAGAAUUAGGCCAUUCAGCCCUUCAAGCUUACUCUGCCAUUCAGUAAGAUCAUGGCUGAUCUGUUUGUUUUGAAUUCCACUUUCCUAUCUACCCUUUGAGACCAGAUUUAAACACCUAGCUGUGGAGUGUUCUGGGAGCUGUUUCUACUGCAGGACCAUAGCAAGGCUUCCAUUGUAUUUCUGACCAAAUCAUGCUCUUCGAAUGGAUGUAUUACUGGCCCUCUGUUAGAACACCUCACGCCUCUCUCGGGCAAUCUUUGAUAUUAACACCACUGAGUAUAGCCUUGGAAAGCUUGUUUGUUGACACAAGCCUGGACACCAAUCAGGGACUGGGAAAUAGAUGUGGAAUCCCAGUUCUCUUUUUGAAGGAUCUAGUGAGGCUUUCAAGCUCGCUAACCAGCAAAAAGCGUCACUUGUCACUGGCAUAUAGUAAUAUCUUUACCUGCUGGUUACUUGUCAAAAAAACCCCCACCAAUUCUCAACAAUAGAAAUGGGUGGGAGGAACCAAAAAUUCUCCAUAGUGUGUGCAGUGGACUGUGGAUAAACCUUUGUCAGACCAAUUGUUAAAAUGAAUUGUAGCAAUCUUGUUCUUUUUGCUUGGGGCAUGCAAUGGUUUGCUAUUAUUUCUCAAAUGCUUUAACAGAGAGAGAGAGAUCAUUCUCCUAGAUUUAUCUUGGUGCUGCAAGGCUGGAGUUUGAGGAGGUGGACAUGAAUUCUCCUGAAUGUAAUGAAACGGUUAAUGUAAAUCUGAUCUGUGUCUGGAGAUAGUGCUCCAGUUUCACAGCUCUCUUCUGUCCCCUGGUGUGCUUAACUAGCCUUACAGUGUCAUUGUCAAGGCUGCCACCUCUAAAUCUAUAAAACAAUGAAGGCCUACCCACAGCAUUUAACACUGUUUGUAAGGCACUAUGUUCUUACCUAAGAAUUAAAAAUUCGUUGGUGCCACAUUAACUUUCAAUUACAAAUGUUGAGGAUUCAGUAGUAGAUUACUCCUCAGGGAGAGUGACUGGCUGAGUUAAAGGACCAGAAUUUUACUCACAGAUUAUUAACAUUGUAUUAAUAUACAUGAUAUAAUUAUACAUGUGUUUUCUAGAGUCUUAAUUAAUCUAAAAUGUUACAAGAACUGGAAGGAAUUUAAUAUUCUUUGCAUUGUGUCUGUUUCUGGAGGAUGACUGGAGAAAUGCUCUCUAGUGGAAAUAGGGGACAUGUUGAAAUGCCAAUGCACUGUAAUUAAGGAAGAUGCAAAUAUGUUUAUUGUUUGGUUUGAAUUUUUACAAUUACUAUUUCAAUUAAAUAUGUGAAAAAGAUUUGUACCCUAAUUAAACAAUUGCAAGAAAGAAA